AUGGCAGGAAAGAAAAAAGAUGCUCAACUACAGGCAGUAAUAACCAAUCAAAGUCAAUGGGAUGAAAUGUUGCUGACUAAAGGUGUAACAGUAAUAGACGUUUAUCAGGCUUGGUGUGGGCCUUGCAAAGCUGUGGUAAAUUUAUUCAGAAAACUAAAAAAUGAGCAUGGUGAAGAUGACCUUUUGCAUUUUGCUGUGGCAGAGGCUGACAGCAUUGUGACCCUGCAGACAUUUAGAGACAAGUGUGAACCUGUUUUUCUCUUUUGUGUUGAUGGCAAAAUUAUAGCAAUAGUGCGAGGCACAAAUGCACCACUUCUCAGUAAGACAAUAAUAAAGCUAUUAGAAGAAGAGAGGAAAAUUUUAGCAGGGGAAAUAGAACGCCCUCAGGUAGAAGAGCUUGUGUUUUUAGAAGAGAAAACAGCAGUAUAUAGUGAAGAAAGACAACUUGAAGAAGGAGUCAUACACACUGUUGCAAUUAUAAAACCUGAUGCCACUGCAGAUGGAAGAGUAGAAGAAAUUAAACAAAAGAUUACAGAAGCUGGCUUUGGCAUUGCGGCAGAAGAGGAGAAGACAUUAACUGAAGAGCAAGUUAGAGAUUUCUACAGUCGCAGUACAGAACAGCCUGAUUUUGAAGAUUUUGUUACAUUCAUGACUGGUGGACCAUCCCAUAUUCUGAUAGUUUCUAAACCAAAGGAAGUAACUGAUACUAUUCCUCAAUGGAAGGAACUAAGUAGAUCAGAUGAGUAUAUACCUGCAGAGCCUCAGCCUGAAAAGCCAAACAGCUUGCAAGAAGUUUUGGAAUCCGAGAAUAUGUUAAAUUUAUGUGAUGUGGAAGACAGCAUAGAAAAUGCUAGCAGGCAACUUGCCUUCUUUUUCCCAGAUUUUGGUAGAAAGAAGACCAGCAAAAAUGCUGAAAAAACAUUGGCCUUAAUUAGACCUUCUCUAUUAAAGGAAAGACGAAAUUCUAUUCUGAAAAGGAUUAAGGAUGAUGGCUUUACAAUAGCAAUGCAGAAAGAAAUAGUUCUGACAGAAGAACAAGCACACCAGUUUUACAAGGAACAUGAAAAUGAAGAUUUUUUUCCAACCCUUCUAGAACACAUGACAAGUGGUCCAACCCUUGCACUUGCUUUAAUACGAGAAAAUGCUGUACAACACUGGAGAGAUUUACUAGGCCCAAAGACUCUUGAAGAGUCUAAGGAGAAAAGUCCAGCCAGUUUACGUUCAGAGUAUGCAGUAGACAGUGUACCUCUCAAUCAGCUGCAUGGCAGUGCUUCACCUGGUCAAGCUGAGAAGGAACUAGAAUUCUUCUUUCCUGUGGAACACACUUUGGCAGUUAUCAAACCCACUGCUGUUAAGGAACAUAAAGAUGAUAUUAUGCAGAAGGUUACAAAUGCUGGCUUUAUUGUAUCACAGAUGAAAGAAACAAAUUUCACCCGUGAAAUGGCAACACAGUUUUAUAAGGCUCAUGAAGGAAAACCCUUUUUUGACCAGUUAGUUAAUUAUAUGUCUGAGGGUCCAUCAGUGAUAAUGAUCCUAACUAAAGAAAAUGCUGUGGAGGAGUGGAGGCAAUUAAUGGGUCCAACAGAUCCAGACGUGGCAAAAGAAUCUUCUCCUGAUUCUCUUAGAGCUCAAUUUGCACAAGAUAUUUUGCGUAAUGCAGUUCACGGCUCAUCUAAUAAGGAACAUGCACUGAAGAGCAUUGAAUAUGUAUUUGGAGAGAUUGAUCUGAAUAGUCUAAGCCACAACUGA